CUUUUUAAAAAAUAAAUAUUCAGAUAUCGUGUCGAGAUACCAUUGGUCACACGCGUCAAGAAAAAAACAAUAUAGAAAAGAAUAAAGUGAAAUCACCUCCCGUGUCACCCUUCGUCUACAUCUUUUAACCGUUGUAGUGAGCGAAUGGUGUCCUUAUUCUCACCAACGGUAACCAUAACCAGCUGCUAUUUUCUAGAAAUCCCCAUUCCUUUUUGCCGCCAUUGGCUUCGCACGUGUGCCUCGCGAGCCGGAAAACGACAUAAAUCCCCCUCCAUUCGCUUGCUCUUCGUCGCUCCAUCUCUCUCCCUCGCCGCUUGAAAACCCUAACCCUAAUCCAAUGCUCUCAACGGCGAUGAGAACCGUCUCCUCGUCGCCAUGGCGAUCUCGAGGCCAUCUCGAUAGCGUGAUCUCCGGCUACGAUCGCAUCGAGAAGACCUACGUCAGAAGAAGAAAGAUGGCGGAGAACCAGCCGGGAAGCGGAGUGGCGAUGGCGUCGUCACCUCCAUCGGAGGAGUUGAAGACCUGUGCUGAUUGCCGCACUUCAAUGACCCCUCUCUGGCGGAAAGGCCCAUAUGGUCCUAAGUCGUUGUGCAAUGCGUGCGGGAUUAGGUACAGGAGGAGGAGGCCAAUGGCGAAUGAAGGUGGUGGAUCGAAGGCGAAGGCUAUGAAGAGCGGUAAGAGCGGCGGAGAGGAGGAGGAGAAGAAGGAGAGGAUGGUGCUGUUACUGAUGCAGCACCGGAGCAAGAACGCAACGCCGGAGGAGAUUGUCGGCAGUGGCAGUGGUUAUGGGAGGCAAGAGGCGGAGGCGGCGCUGCUUCUCAUGGCACUCUCUAGUGGUCUCGUCAUCCCUUCUUAGCAAGUACUCAUCUUCCUUUCCGUUCUCUCUUUUGUCUUAUCUUCAGAGAGAAAGAGAGAUUUUUAGGGUUUUGAAAAGUUAUUUAAAGUUUUUUUUUUUUUAGUGAAAUUUGUUUAUUUAGGGUUUAAUAUUAAAAUCUCCAUUUCCUAAAAU